AUGCCUCCUUUCAGCAUGUGGUCGGGUGCGGCCGUCUCCACCCUCUCCGCCUUCUCACAAACCUCGCCGCCAGCGCCGCCGACAACUCCCGUACAGCCGACAGCUCCCUUGUCGGGCGGCGGCGGCGGGGGCGGCGGCGGGGCAAACAACAACUCCUUUCAGCAUGUGGUCGGUCGCCGCCAGCGCCGCCGACAACUCCCGUACAGCCGACAGCUCCCUUGUCGGGCGGCGGCGGCGGGGGCGGCGGCGGGGGCAAACAACAGUAACAACAACAACAACAACAACAACAACAACGAUAACAGCAACAACAGCAUCCGCAACCACGCUGCAGCAGCGGCACUGAACGCCGGCGGCGGCGGCGUGGAGCCCAGUUACACACCGGAUUCGUCCACGCCAAGAUCCGGCUCCGUCGGCAAUGCACAGGUCAGCUACAGCUCCGCCGGCGGUGCCGCUACUGGCGGCACCGCCGCCGUCGCCGCCGCUGCCGGCGGUGGUGGCGAUGACUUGUACUCCUUUGAAACGACAGGUUCGGGACGGUCGGCAAUGGAGUACCAAGCCAUGACGUCAGCGCUGCCGCCGCCGCCGCCGUCGCCGCCACCGACGGCGACGUCGGUGCCCGCGGGCUCAGAGGGCAUCGCGGGGUUUACAGCACACGCGGACGAUAACACGAUACGGCAGGGUGGUGGCGGCAGCCGUCUCAAUGGCUGCGUGAUGGAAAGGAUGGUAUCGGAGCGGGAUGCCGUGAUGUCCGGGAAGCCGAGCCAGAGAGGGUGUCUCUGUCUCCUGGGCUUCGACUCCGCCUCCGCCAGGAUCUGGGCACGGAGGCCGCAGCGGCAGCGGAGGCGCGAGGCGGCGGAGGCGAAGGCUCGGAGAAGGGCAUUACCCUUGGCGGCGGCGACGGAGGCGACGGAGAUGAUGAAGGCGACUGAGGCAGUGGCGGCGCCGAAGAGGAAGUGGAGCCGAUCCGUUUCGCAAUUCGAUUCUCAGUCGCAGCUACAGCUUCCACAACAGCAGGAACGGACCCGCGGGUCGUUUCUGCUACAGCCCAACACGCUCGUGUCUUCCUCUGUAGCGUCGUCCGCCGCAACCUCGGCUGUAGUCGUCACCAUUGGCACCAAUGUGCCGUCAUCUGGAGUGAAUUACGGGCUACAGUCGCAACAGCCGCCGCCGCCGCCGCCGCCGCCGUCGCGGGCCAGCCUGGCGGCGGCGCUGGCGCACACAGGCGACGGCUCGCUCAGCGCCACAUCCUGGCUACAGCCACCACCGCCCGUUCCGCAGCAGCAGCGGCCGGAGCAGCAGCAGAUGUUGACUCAACAGCUAUCCGAGUCGUACGGAUCUGAAUCUGCCGUAUCCACGUUGCAAAACAUGUACGGCGGAUCUACAGGGCUGAGGCCGCAGCUGCAAGCCGGGACGUGGGAAGUCGCCAAGUCGCCGAAAAGGCUCACAGCUGGCGGCGACGGCACGUCCUCACUGUACGGCGGCACCCGUGUAGCCACGGCGGCGGCGCCUUCCGCCGCUGAUCGCGCUACUGGGGCGCUACAGGGUGGUGGCGGCAGCCGUCUCAAUGGCUGCGUGAUGGAAAGGAUGGUAUCGGAGCGGGAUGCCGUGAUGUCCGGGAAGCCGAGCCAGAGAGGGUGUCUCCUGGACUUCGACCCCGCCUCCGCCAGGAUCUGGGCACGGAGGCCGCAGCGGCAGCGGAGGCGCGAGGCGGCGGAGGCGAAGGCUCGGAGAAGGGCAUUACCCUUGGCGGCGGCGACGGAGGCGACGGAGAUGAUGAAGGCGACUGAGGCAGUGGCGGCGCCGAAGAGGAAGUGGAGCCGAGUGCUGAAGCUCCCGCCGGCGGCGGGGGCCGCCGCCGCCGCCGCCGCCGCCGCCAUUGCCUCAGCCGCCGCCACGGCUCCCACAACACCCGCCAGUGCGUUCCGCAGCGGCAACCAGUCGGGCAGGUCGUUGGGCGACGCUGGCAAAGGUAACAAGUUCCGGGAGAAGUACGGCACCAUGGCGGCAGCCAUGGGGCUUCGUACGGCACCUGAUCGCAGCAGCCGCCCCGCGCAGACGGCACCAGCGACCCUUAGGGCGCAGAUGCGCGCGGCGGCAGUGCUGGCGGCAGCGGCUGCGGCAACUCCGGCGCUCGCGUGCUGUCAACCGUCAUCGCGGGAAGCGCGGGUCGCAUCAGCGGCAACGGCAUUGCGUCGCCGGGAUUUCGGUAGUUACGGCAGCGGCGGCGGCGGCGGCGGCUUGGCCAGCGGCGGCAGCUUCAGCGAGGGGGCUUUCGCCAGCGGCAUGAUCGUCCUUGGCGGCAGUGGCGACUCGGCGGAGGGGUCCAAGCUGCCGCCAGUGUCGGAAAUCCCUAUGCCGUACUCGAUGUUGGGAACGUACGGCUCCGGCGUUGGCAGUAUGCGAGGCCGGCUGCGCCAGCGGGGUGGGAUUCCGGGUUUUCCCAUACGGGAUCGUUUCCCGAUGGCGGCACCCGCCGCUGCCGCCGCCGGCAUCGAGGGUGGCGCCGAAACCAUGGAAGUAAACAGCGGCGCUCCCGUCGGCCGUACGGCAGAUAGGCGCAUGGGACGAGCUGCUGCGGCGGCGGCUGCUGGCGCGGAGGCUGCGUUACCCAGACCCGAGUUCACGUUCGGCGAACCUAGGUCCUUGUGUUCCCGGAGGCGCUCGUCCAUGGCCGUUGUGGGCGGCGGAGCGUUUACCCCCGUCGGCUCCGUCAGGCCCGCAGCGAUCCGUACACUCACCAUCUGUUGA